GCUGUGGCUGAGGGACUCAGAGCUAAGCGAGCAGUGGCGAAGGGCGGACGUGUGUUGGUGCGGAGCCGAGUAUCAUUACAGAGGAAGCGGGGGCAGUAGAGACAGCAACGUGCCAACUGCCUGACUGAUUUCCCCAGGUUCUCUGUGGAUACGACUCAUUUUUUCUGACUUACCCCAGCUGAGCCAUCGCUUAGUGACUCUUAUCUCGUGGUGUUUGUUGGGAGAUAAGGUGAUGAAGUGAGAAACAGUUGAGUGUGAAGAUACAGAACCCGCUGAACAGCUCGCCAGGCCUAAGUUGUGGCGGGAUGGUGAGAGAUUCGGGACAGUGUUUGAGAUUCAACGUGCUGCCACAACUGUGACUCAGGACCUUGUACGAAAUCUUUCUCAAAAGUGGAGUUCGUUGGCCGGCGUCAAGAAGGGACCCGAGCUAGGCUUCCUGUAUUAUCUCCGUCAAGGUUCCUACAUACAUGUCCCUCCGACUUGAACUUUUAAGAUAUUUGUGGUGAUUUGCAGAGAACUGCUCCAGGGCGUCAGUUCGAGACUAAAUUUGGCCCUGUUUGUAGCUCUAGGAGGCCAUUUUUUUAGACUUGUGCCCGUCAACAUUGCUGAGGGACGAAAAAGUGGCCAGGUGUGCGAGGAUCAUCGAAACAACCCUGGUCAAGAUUACGACUUCCCUCGCCUUGUGUUGUACUUAACGUUCCUGAAUUAAGAUGUCGCCGAAGAAGUGGAGUAAAAACACAUUCGGGUGGGCGCGAGCGGAGGUCCUGGGAGCUCUGGUCAACAGCGUGUUCCUGCUGGCGCUCUGCUUCUCCAUCUUCGUCGAAUCUUUAAAAAGAUUGUAUGAAACUGAAGAGUUACAUAAUCCCAAACUCAUCCUAGUGGUUGGUGUAAUAGGCCUCAUAGUGAAUUUAAUAGGCCUCGGGCUCUUCCAUGAGCAUGGCCACGGCCACAGCCAUGGGGGCGGGGGCCACGGCCACAGCCACGGCGGCCAUGGACACAAGAGCAAGCUGUCCACCAUCAACACCCUCGUGGCUACAGACGACAACGAGAAUGACGAGAGAUUUACGCCUCCGCCGCCCAAUUCCGUUGGUGCUAACGACAAGGAUGGAAACGGCACGCCCAGAAGGGAGGCAUCCGCUCAGAUGAACAUGAGGGGCGUCUUCCUCCACGUUCUUUCGGAUGCCCUAGGCUCUGUAAUAGUGAUCAUCAGCGCUCUGGUCGUAUGGCUCACAAAUUGGGAAUAUUCCAAAUACAUUGACCCAGCACUAUCUUUAGCCUUGGUCACCCUCAUCACAUGCAGCACGUGGCCUCUCCUGAAGGACUCGGCCCUCAUCCUUCUCCAGACAGUUCCUACUCACAUUCAGGUUGACGGCAUCCAAAAACAGUUGUUAAAUGUUGAUGGUGUUCUUGCUGUGCAUGAAUUCCAUGUUUGGCAGUUGGCAGGGGAGAGGAUAAUUGCCUCAGCUCAUAUCAGGUGUCGCAACUUGAAGGACUAUAUGGUCCUAGCAGAAAAGAUCAAGAAGAUGUUCCAUGAAGAAGGCAUUCAUUCCACUACUAUACAGCCUGAGUUUGUGGAGUAUGAAGAUGAUGGUGCCUCAGCCUCAAUAGACUCUGCAGAAGACUGUAUUCUAGACUGUCCCUCCAAGGACAAGGACGGAUGUGUGGCAAAUACGUGCUGUGGUCUCUCCAAACAGAAUGAUGUUAGCCCCUUAGUGUCUUCUUGUCGUCAACGCAACAGUAUUGAAGUUCACAUUGACACUCAAGGAGAAAAUAUUGCUGAUGGCACUAUGGAGGGUGGCUACUUACUUGUUCCUACUUCAGUCAAUCAUGUGUCAUCUGUUUGACAAUGGCCUUCCUCUAGCCAGGGGGAAGAGUCGGCAGAUGACUGACAGUGACUUUCACUAGAGCCUGGGCCAUUCAGCCAAAGGAGAGGAUAUGACUGUUGGCACUCCUAGCUAGACUCACACAAAAAUGGGUACAUACUGUUUUGAGAGUACUCAGUACUAUAAUGAUAAUCUUCAUGGUUGUGAAGCCAAAUAAGGAACUGGAUAAAAUAGUCAUCAUGAAAGUUGUGAAACAGUGAAGGCUGCAAUAUUUAAGAAUAUUAGUUUCGUGAAGCAAAAUGAUGUGUAGUGUGGCAAUGUGACAAAUGUUAUAUUAAACUGAGGGUAAAGAUCUGGUAUUUUUACCUGCAUUCAUAUUCUCAGUCACACCAUUUCAUAUAGAAAAGGUUAAAUGUAGAAUUUUUUAGAUAAUUUGUUUGAUAAGGAAAUGUGAAGUGACUGAUGUGAUGCUAUUAUGAUUCUGCAUUUGUGCUAGGUGUAUACACAUUUAAAAUAAUAAUAAAAAUUAUGAUGAGACAGUAGAAAAAAUAAUUAGCAGUCUUCUGUAUGGACUGCAUGUAAAGUAGGUUUAUAAGAAAUGUAAGGUAGUGUUGUUUUUUAUUUGUCUCCAGUGAUUGCAACCAGUCAUAUAAUUUCCUUUUUGAAUGUAGACAGGAUCUACAUACAAAGACUUCUGACCUAGCAAUUAUUUGUAAGUAAUGUAUUGUUUCCAGGUACAUGAAUUCAUGCCAUUUUUAACUUGAUUCAAAUACACCCUGGUUGCUACAUGAAUGCCAUGUUUUUUGAUGUGGUAAAAUAAUAACUAUAAGUAAAGAUUGAGGGAUGUUGUAGAUAUAGCAGUGUGUGAUUAUUUUAUUUAUUUUAACAAAACAUAUUUAAAUGUUUAUUGAUACAGUUGUUUAUUGCAUAGUUAGUACAUAAAUAUGCCCUUGUGCCUCAGUACUCGAGUGAGUCUCCUGACGAGUGUAGACUACAUUACUCAAUCUUUUUAUCUUUUGAUAAACAGUUUAAGUAUUUAUUUCAAUUUGCUGUAAAUAGUUAGUUUUGAAAUAACACACAGGAAAAUAUUUUAUAGCACUUUACUCUUUUUAUGGUCUUUUGAAUUGUGUUUGUAAAAAAUUAUAUCAAUCUUUUUUACUAACUAUUUAAAGAUGGAAAUAGUAUUUUUUCUUGACCUUUGACUAAAUUUAAAGAUCAGAUGUAUUCUGAACUUUGGCUUAACAAAAAAUGGUUGAACAAUGAUAAGGUAUAUCUUUCCAAAAUGAAAUUAUAAUAUUAUUUAAAGGUAUAACUGAUGGUAUCAUAUAUAUAUUUUUUAUUAGAAAAGUUCAUGUGUAAAAUUUUAUUUAAAAAUUAGUGAAGAAACAGUAAGAGGAAAAACUGUGAAACAUAUGAUACACAAUCUUUACAUCAAGUCUGUUUGAUUCUCUCAGUAACCCUCCAGUCUUUAUAUAAAACCAAGAAGUUGUGGUAAACAUAAUAAGAACUAUUCCAGAGUACAAUAUAUAAUGCAGGGAAAUUCCAUAAAGAAAAAGAGAAUGAAAGAGUGAGAGAGAUUGCAAGUGGAAAUGAAAGUAUAUACAAAAAGCAGAUCAGGAUUACAGCAACUGAUGGACAAGAAAGAAGACAGAAAAAAAAAAAAAAAUGUUACAUGAAUAUAAAAGGAUGAUGAAUAGAUAUAUGUAAGGAGAGUGAAAGAGAAGAAAUGAAUAAUUAAGAUGAAUGAAUGAAAGGACAAAAGAAUGAUUGUUAGAGAAAGAAAGAAAAAAAGUUGUUUUUAGGAUUUGUAUGUGUAUAAUCACAUCCCAGUGAUAGCAGUUAUCCACACUUGCAUGUAUUUCUCUGUAUCAAAGUAAUUAAGUACUUAAGUGUGUACCAUGGUGAACUGUUUUUAAGUUUAAUCUCUACUGAAAUAAAAAUGACAUGUUACCCACAAAAGACACAUGUAUUAUAAUUAAUUAUUAGUAAGAUUAUAUGGUGUAAAAUUUAGCUGAAAAUAACUUCAUAUUGAUUAAGAUUGAAGCUCAGAUUAUGUUUUAGACAGUUGAUGGUGAUGUCAUUGUACGCAAAUGGUUAGAUUUUUUCUCGUAAUCAUCUUUUUAAAAACUAAUGAGAAAUUGGUAAUAAAAACAUCUAAUUC